UUGAGGAAAAAAAUUACUAGCUGCAGCCCACACAUCCUCGCGCCUUCCGGCAUUCCGCCGAACACCUCUCAGGCAUACCUCCCAUCACCGCCCCCGAUGCCGCCGGCCAACUCCACCCCGACCAAAUGGCCGAAGACCCUCACCGCCGACCACCUCCACCGCCUGGUCCGCGCCGAACGCGACCCGCGCUGCGCCCUCGCGCUCUUCGACGCUGCCACCGCCGCGUCCCCGUCAACGUUCACUUCCACGCCCGGCCCCAUCACCCCGUCCCCGGCCACCGUCUCCCUCCUCACCUCCCGCCUCGCUUCCGCCGGGCUCCUUCCGCUAGCCGCCUCCCUCCUCUCCCGCUCGCGUGCGCUCUUCCCUUCCGCCGCCGCCCUCGAGCCCCCCUUCCUCACCCUCCUCCGCGCCUUCUCCCGCUCGCACCUCCCGCUCGCCGCCCUCCACCUUUUCCGCUCCGCGCCUUCCACCCUCGCCCUCCCCCACUCCGCCCGCUCCUACACCGCCGUCCUCGCCGCUCUCGUGGCCCACUCCCACCUACCCCUCGCCCGCUCACUCCUCGCCGACAUGCGCGCCGCCGGAUUCGCCCCCACCACCGCCACCUACAACGUCCUCCUCAAGGCCCACUGCUCCGACGCCGCCGCUCCCAUCGAUGACGCCCUCCGCCUUUUCCGGAGCAUCCCCAAAACCGACGCCUGCUCCUACAACACCGUCAUCGACGGGCUCUGCCGCCGUAGCCACCUGGCCGAGGCCCUCGAGCUGUUCUCAGAGAUGGUAGCGAAAGACAUUGCGCCCACGGUGGUUACUUACACCACUGUCAUCCACUGGCUUGCACGGGAGGGUUGCUUUGAUGACGCCUUGAAGAUAUUUGAUGAAAUGGGGAGAAGAGGGGUCUCGCCUAAUUUGAUCACUUAUAGUUCGCUGAUUGAUGGAUUGUGCAAGGGUGGACGUGCAGCAUCAGCAUUGGAAUUAUUGGAUAGGAUGACCAAGGAGAGGAAGUUGCCAAAUACAAUCACAUAUAGCUCGGUGAUUGAUGGGCUCUGUAAGGAGUGCAGGCUGAGUGAGGCAAUGGAGGUCUUGGACCGGAUGCAUCUACAGGGGCGGAAGCCUGACGCUGGGUUGUUUGGGAAGCUGAUUGCUGGUCUGUGUAAUGCAGGAAGGGCCAUGGAGGCUGCAAAUUACCUGGAUGAGAUGGUUCUUACUGGCAUUGAACCGAACCGGGUGACUUGGAGCUUGCAUGCCAGGAUAAACAAUUCUGUGCUGACAGCAUUGUGUGCUGCGGGUGAACUUGGCAGGGCUUUUCAGGUGUACCAGAGCACAAGGACUCGUAGCAUUUCUACAGAGCCGACCACUUUCCAUCUCCUUGUUGAGAGCUUCUCCAAAAAGAACAAUUUAGAGAAAGCUGCUCGUGUUUUGCUUGACAUGCUGUCAGAGAGAUGCAUCCCUGAGAGGGAAACAUGGGAUGUUAUUAUCAGCGGGUACUGGAGUAAGAAGAGGGUGAGACAAGAAGCCGAGGAGAUGUGGAACCAGAUAACUGUUAGUUGAUUCGAAAAAUAUGGUGCUAUGGUGUGCUAUUACCUGUUGUGCCCAAACUGUUAGCAACUAGCAAGUAAAUCUUGGCCAGCUACUCUUCAGGAACUAGAACGAACAUACGUUUUGAAGACCCCAUUAAUGUUGAGACAGUGGGAAGCCAAUGGCAUGUCGGGUGGUUGGGAAGCUAACAAACAGCAUGCUUCUAAUAGCAACUGGCAAUGUUGUGAGAAGUUCCUUUGUAUACUCGGAUGGUAAGAAGCAAGACACCACAUUUUGGUCGAACAGUGCGAUUGCAACAAAAAUCAUUGCCGAAACAAUGGCACGCACAAAGUCCAGAAACCGUAUCUUGUAUUCCGCUGCUGAAAGUGGGUCGAGAGGAGCUCCACCGUUGAUGACCCGCAAUCCAUUGAAUGUGGCGAACCCUUAUCGUACCUUUCCUUCCUCAUCCUUGAAGCUAUCUGUGAAGCUGAGAAGAAAGCAGGAUAGUGCACAGAGCAUCACGAGCACUCCUGUCAUCAUCUGAUUCAUGUUACCGCAGUGGCCUUGUUUUGCAGGAGCUGGAAGGAAAGUACAGUGCAGUGCCUGAAGGAAGGAGUUUGGCAAGGUGCCCAGUGCUCUGGUAUGUCUGGCCUAUUGCUUUCUGCAUGGGGCUCAUGUUGUUGUUGCCAUCAGUUCUGUUCGACAAGAGAGGACGCCUCUGAUCAUGCUGCGAUUCUGCAUCAUGGUGUGGAGCAGCCAUUGUUGCUCCCCUCUUAGUUUAAUUCGGUAUAACAAGCCUCAAGGGAUAUUAUAUCGGAGAUUCAGCGGAGAGAAGACUGGCGCUUCUGCCUAUGGUGUAAUGGAAGGGAUUUGAAGGGUAAGUAAGCUGGUGGUCGGUUUCUGUUUGCUGCCCAUUUUGGAUGCCCUUGCAAUAAAAAUAGGAAGCAAAACCGAAACAAGCUGGGAGUUUUUUUAGGUUGCUGACGAGAGAAACACUAAGAGUUUUGGUGCUCACUCCAGCUGUUUUAACGCACAUUUGGGUAACUGCGAGAACAGUAAUUAGUACUAGCGGUGUAAAGCAUUCGGUUACUAUAUGGUAGUCACGCAAAUGCAUAACUAUGACCUUCGGCUUUGUUUUCUUCUCCGGGGGAACUGGACGUGUUAAGAACCAGGAGGAGGGCAAUUUGCUAUUGUGGUACUGCGUCCAAAGGUCGAUAUCCUACUAGGUGAACUGAUAUGUGAAUGUUUUGUCGAUAAUUGGUAGAAGAAUCAUGUCGUCUUUA